UCGUCUAUACCAACCGAUGCUAUCUCAGAAACUCUUAACGGCAUCCCACCUCUCCAGUACGGUGACCUUGCCUCACUAGGCCUCGUCUCCUGGACACCUCCCUCAUUCUUCCGUUUGAUGUUUGAGGGGAUCAACGUUACGACCGGACUGCCCUGGUUCUGGACUAUCAUAAUAGGUUCCAUCAUCGCCAGAGGGGUCGUCGUUCCCUUCGCCAUCAGCGCCCUCCGCCAUAAUCAGCGUCUAGGGCUUGUCUCCCCCCAAUUGACAAAACUGCAAGAGCAGAUGACUUUGGCGAAACAGAGGAAGGAUACUGUGAUGCAGCAGAAAUCUGUACUGCAGAUUGGCGCACUGAUGUCGUCCGCCCAGGUUAAACCGAUGAUGCUCAUCCUGGGCCAGGCAGUCACGUUCGCAGUAUCGGUUUCCGCUUUCAUGGCUGUGCAGAAGAUGGGGGCCCUUCCUGUCCCUCAGCUCACCGAGAGCGGUUUCUCCCUCCUUCCUGAUCUAACGGCGUCGAUGCCCGUACCGAUGAACAUUCUAAUCGGGUCUUCGAUAUUUUUGCAAAUUCGAAACCAAAUCUCGGAAUCGACAACUUCAACGCCUGAGUAUGUGGCCAGGAUGAACGUCCUGAGUGUUUUCUUACCGGUGAUGUCCACCUUGGCUAUCUGGGGAACGGGAAUGUCGUCUGCAGUUGGCCUAUACCUGCUGGUAAUGUCGACGAUGUUGUCGCUUCAGUCCGUUAUACUUCGGCAUCCUGCUGUCAGGCAGCGGCUGGGCAUA